GUACCAGUUACAUUCAGGGACGUGGCCGUGGUCUUCACACAGGCAGAAUGGAAGCUCCUGAGCUCUGAGCAGAGGAUCCUGUACAAAGAAGUGAUGCUGGAGAAUUACAGGAACCUGCUUUCGUUGGAUAUCAACAAGCUGAUUCUAAAAUUUAUAUGACAUCACAAGGGACCUGGAAUGCCAAAACAAUCUUGUGAAAGAAAAAUAAAUGAAGAGGACUCACAUUUUCUGAUUUCAAAACUUACUACAAAGCAAUGGUACUGACAUAAGGAUAGACAUUCAGAUCAAUGGAAUAGAAUUGAGAAGUCAGAAGUAAAACCAUGUGUCUUUGGUCAACUGAUUUUCCACAAGGGUGCCAAGACCAGUCAGUGGGCAAAGAAUAGGUUUUUCGACAAAUAGUGCUGGGGCAACUGGAUAUUUACCUGCAAAAGAAUAAAGUUUAACCCUUACCGUAUGCCAUACAUACAAAUUAACUAAAAAUGUAUCAAAGAUCCAAAUGUAAGAAACUAAAACUAUAAAACUCUUAGAAGAAAGCAUAGGACCAAAUCCUUAUGAUCUUGAACCUGGCAACGAUUCUUAGCUACGCCACCAAGAGCAUGAGCAAGAAAAACAACAACAACAAAAAAGGUAAUAGAUAAAUAGGACUUUAUCACAAUUAAAAACUAAGGUGAAAAGACAAUCCAUAGAAUUAGAGAAAAUGUUUAUAAAUCAUAUAUCUGAUGUGGGACUUACUUCUAGAAUACAUAAAGAACUCUUAACAACUCAAUAAGAAAAGACAAUCCAAGGAUGAUAUACAAAUGGGCAGUAAGUACAUGAAAAGAUGCUCAACAUCAUUAGUCAUCAAGGAGAUGCAAAUCAAAACCACAAUGAGAUAGAUACCAGUUCACACACCUUAUGAUGGUCAAUCCAAGUCACAUAACAAGUGCUGACGAAGAAGUGGAGACAUCAGAACCCUCAUAUACUACUGGUGGGAGUAUAAAACAGUCGGCCACUUUGGAAAGCAGUCUGGCAGGGCUUUUAUACCUGCCCACCUCCCAUUUUUGAACUGUGCUCACUAAAUGAGUGCCCAUGUUUUUCUUCCAUCGGAUGGGAAUGGAGGACAGUGACUCUUGAUCAGGGAGCACCGCCGCAGCAGAUCAGAGGAGCAGGAACCGGAGCCUGGGCUGAGUUCAUAAAAAGCAGGAUCUGGACAGUGGCUCCAGAUGGAGGAGCCAGAGGAACCUGCGGACAGCGGGCAGUCGCUGCCCCCGGUUUACAUCUACAGUCCCGAGUACGUCAGCAUGUGCGACUCCCUGGCCAAAGUCCCCAAACGGGCCAGUAUGGUACAUUCUUUGAUUGAAGCAUACGCACUGCCUAAGCAAAUGAGGAUAGUUAAGCCCAAAGUGGCCUCCAUGGAGGAGAUGGCCACCUUCCACACCGAUGCCUAUCUGCAGCACCUCCAGAUGGUCAGCCGAGAAGGAGAUGACGAUCAUCCGGACUCUACGGAGUAUGGCCUGGGCUAUGACUGUCCAGCUACCGAAGGGAUAUUUGACUAUGCGGCAGCUGUGGGAGGGGCUACGAUCACAGCUGCCCAGUGCCUGAUCGAUGGAAUGUGCAAAGUAGCCAUUAACUGGUCCGGAGGGUGGCAUCACGCAAAGAAAGACGAAGCGUCUGGGUUUUGUUAUCUCAAUGAUGUUGUCCUGGGAAUAUUACGACUGCGACGGAAAUUUGACCGUGUUCUCUAUGUGGAUUUGGAUCUGCACCAUGGAGAUGGUGUAGAAGAUGCCUUCAGUUUCACCUCCAAAGUCAUGACCGUGUCCCUGCACAAAUUCUCCCCGGGAUUUUUCCCAGGAACAGGUGAUGUGUCUGAUGUUGGCCUAGGGAAGGGACGGUACUACAGUGUGAAUGUGCCCAUUCAAGAUGGCAUACAGGAUGAGAGGUAUUACCACAUCUGUGAAAGUGUACUGAAGGAGGUGUACACGGCCUUUAACCCCAAAGCCGUGGUCUUACAGCUGGGAGCUGAUACAAUAGCUGGGGAUCCGAUGUGCUCCUUUAACAUGACUCCGGUGGGAAUUGGCAGGUGCCUUAAGUACAUCCUUCAGUGGCAGUUGGCAACGCUCGUUUUGGGAGGAGGAGGUUAUAACCUUGCCAACACAGCUCGAUGCUGGACAUACUUGACUGGGGUCAUCCUCGGGAAAACACUAUCCUCUGAGAUCCCAGAUCAUGAGUUUUUCACAGCAUAUGGUCCUGAUUAUGUGCUGGAAAUCACGCCAAGCUGCCGGCCAGACCGCAACGAGCCCCACCGAGUCCAACAAAUCCUCAGCUACAUCAAAGGGAAUCUGAAGCAUGUGGUCUAGUGGACCAAAAGGGAUCAGGUUUCCAGAGCCAAAGAGCAGUGCCUAUAAUGAAGGCAGCAUGUUCAUGCGAGCCGUGUGUGGAAUUUGUGACUUCAGGGGAAAUUUGGAAGAAAUUAAUUCUUGAAAAUUUCCAAGGAGCACCAAGUGGCUGCUGGCCUCCUGGGGUGGGGCAGGGAGGCACCCCGGAGGCUCAGCUAGCCCUAGAGGAAGAGUGAGAUUUUCAACAUUAAAAGUGUUUAUUUUUUAAACAAACAUAAGUACCAUUUUUAAUCUUUGAAUAUUAUUUUUAAGCAAGUUGGGGAGGGGAUAUUUUUAUUUUCUUAAAGGAGACAGAUCAGAAACUGGGAGAAAGCAUGAAUGUGUAGAGGGUUAGGGGGGAUCUGAGAAGUAGGGUUUGGGUGUCAGGACCACCCAGGUCACCACCUGGUACUAUAUUCCUUGGUGAAGGGAAAUGAUAGUAGAUUGGGAGGUAGGAAGAAAUCCACCUCUGUUGUUUUUAGGAUCAUUGAUCUAUUUUUUAAAAAUAUAUUUGUAUUGAUAUUUAGAGAGAGAGGAAGGGCGAGGGAGAGAGAUAUAGGAGCAUCAAUGAGAGAGAAGCAUCAGUUGGCUGCCUCCUGCACGCCUCAUACUGGGGAUCUAGCCCCAAACCUGGGCAUGUGUCCUGACGGAAUCAAAUCAGCGACUUCUUGGUGCAUGGGAUGAUGCUCAACCAACUGAGCCACACCAGCUGUUGUGUUUUUUUGAAAACCUAAAGAAAAAGAAAAGAAAAACAGUCUGAUAGUUCCUCAAACAAUUAAAC